GGUUAUGAGUAUUUAUUAGUAAAUGGAAGGCAAGAUAAGAUGGCCAUGAAUUUUCAUUACUAAAUAGACUACUUUUUAGUUUUUCUAGGGGCUCUGUUGCUUGUGAUCACAAUGAAAAAUACAGACAAUAGUGAUCAUGCAUGUGGUACUCUUCCCAAGCUCAGGAGCUCAAAAGGAUGGCUGGAACCUGAGCCACUUGACUUAAUGAAGGACUUAGAUAAGUGUUUACAUCAUUAUGACUUCUUAAAUAGAAGAAAAAAAGAGAUGUUAUAUAAAAAAUGGGUUGAGCAAGUGGCAGAUCCUCUACAGAAGAAAAUUAUAGAAAAAGUUUGUUCAUAUAAGAAGAGUAAAAAAAGGAGACAACAGGAAAUAGAUAGUUUUUUGAAAUAUGUAAAUAAAAAGGGAAGUGCAUUUAUAGAACAUUAUGAUCCUAAAGAGUAUGAUCCUUUUUAUAUGAGUAAAAAGGAUCCCAAUUUUUUUAAGGUUAUCAUGCGACCAUUCCGUGACCCUUUGAAAAAAGCACAGUAUAAUAAUGAUGAUGAAAAAAGGACUCUUUUUCAGUGUGAAACUGGCAAAAUAUAUACAAUGAAAGAAUUUAAAGAGAUUGAAAAGACUCAACUGUAUUCCAGAUUGCCAAGUAUUUCUAAUUCAAGAGAGUUUAUGACUCCAAACAAAUGGCUUAAAGUGCCUACCAUAUACAUAGAAAGUGAAUUUUGUAAAAGGAGCAGGCUAAAAGUGAAAAGGAAUUUUAAUGAGAGCAGUUUUGAUGUGAAGCCUGUGGCAAGAGCUUCUUAUCUUCUGGAACCUCAGGAGGAAGAACAGGAAAUUAUUUACAUAAAGGAAGAGCCAACCUCUCUGGAAAAAGAACCUCUCUGUUAUCAUGAAGGAAAGAAUGCAAGUUGCGAAGAGACUAACUGUGAAAGGCACUUUCCUUCCUUGAGCCCCCGCCAGGAGUGGGUGAGAGCUGGGGAAGUCCCACUUUGUAAUAUGCAAGGCAGUAGCAAUCAAGGAACACUCAUCCUGAUUCUUCAUCUGUGAAGGGGGUUCAGUGAAGGUUUCUUCAUAACAAAGUUACCUGCCAGGACCCAGAAAAAGGUUCUGUCCUUAUCUGCAAUGAAAAAUUUUAAUUCAGUGCCUGAAACAAUUGAGAAAUGCCAGCCAUGAAUCGACAGUUGUUGUAAAUAUAUUUUCCUCCCAAAUUAAAAAAAUGUUGCUAAAAGGCUCAAUAAAAAAUAAUAGCAAUCUUUGUU